AUGUCACUGUCUGUUCCUCACUCACUUCCUCGCUCGCCGCCACUCCAUUCGAACCCACCAAGAACUGCUCCCCCGUUCAGUCGAUUUCCUCUCUUCCGAUGCUCAGCCAAUCUCAGAGCCUCCAAAAAUAGCCAAAAUUCGAGAGUCAAUGCUCGCUUCAAUGCCCCUCGUCUCCCAGUUGUAGAGAAGUUAGAAGUGGAACGUUUUGCAAGUAUUUCUUCCUCAAGUAGUCGAGAAACAUCUUCAGUUGGUGUCAACCCUCCAAUCUCAGUACCUCCCCCACCCUCAAAUAUAGGGUCGCCUCUAUUUUGGAUUGGCGUUGGUGUUGGGCUUUCAGCACUGUUUUCUUGGGUGGCUACAAACUUAAAGAAAUAUGCAAUGCAACAAGCAUUUAAGACUUUGAUGGGCCAAAUGAAUACACAAGAUAGCCAGUUCAACAAUGCUGCAUUUCCUCCAGGUUCACCUUUUCCAUUUCCAUCAGCCCCAGCAUCAGGGCCUUUUGCCUCACCUUUUCCAGCUACUUCUCAACAUUCGACAGUAGACGUAUCUGCAACCAGAGUAGAUGCAGCACCAGCAGCACCAGCAGCACCAGCCUCAUCAGUCACACAAGCUGCGCAAGCCACACCAGCUACACCAACCAUACCAGCCGCCCCUGCCACUGAUGCCAACAAUGACACAGAACCAAAGAAAAAGUCGAACAGCUUUGCUUUUGUAGAUGUUAAUCCAGAAGAAACUGAACAAAAGAGUCCUUUUGAAAGUAGCUUAAAAGAUGGUACUGAAAUAGGUUCAUCUAAGGAUUUCCAGAAUGACGUGAAAGUUUCUCAGAACGGAGCUGCUUUUAAGCAGGGGUUUGGUGCCUCCACAGGGUCCCAAUCUACUGGAAAAGAAAAUUCUAUAUCAGUGGAAGCUUUGGAGAAAAUGUUGGAAGAUCCGACGGUGCAGAAGAUGGUUUAUCCCUAUUUACCAGAGGAGAUGAGGAAUCCUUCCACUUUCAAAUGGAUGCUACAAAAUCCACAAUAUCGCCAACAGCUGGAAGACAUGCUAAAUAAUAUGGGUGGAAGCAAUGAAUGGGACAAUCGUAUGAUGGAUUCAUUGAAAAAUUUUGAUCUUAGCAGUCCUGAGGUUAAGCAGCAGUUUGACCAAAUUGGGCUUACACCUGAGGAAGUCAUUUCAAAAAUAAUGGCCAAUCCUGAAGUUGCUAUGGCAUUUCAAAACCCAAGAGUUCAAGCAGCCAUCAUGGAUUGUUCACAGAACCCGCUCAGCAUUGCCAAAUAUCAAAAUGAUAAGGAGGUUAUGGAUGUUUUCAAUAAAAUAUCAGAACUCUUCCCUGGCGUGUCUGGCUCACCUUGA